UAUGUGUGUGUGCGGUGGUGUUAAAUGGGUAGGCGUGGUGAGCUGAGAUCUACCUUGGCUCAGUCUAUGGUAACACAGGACUGCAGAUGGAGAGGGUUGGGGUGUGUGACUGUUAGGAGCAGAAAACUGUGUACACAAUAUAAAGGUAGCAUGGCAAUGGUUGAAUGGGAAGUGUGCAGGUUCGUAUGCAUGCGACUGUAUAUGCUUUUAUGGCCAGUCAGUCAUUUUCCAUUUGAUGAAGAAAGGCUCAGAGGCCUUCAGUUGUCUGGGAGAAAUCACACCGCAGAAGAAACAGAAAAGAAUUUAUCAGGAAGAGCAAGCGAAACAGGCCAAAUAUCGAACUGAGGUGGAUGGUUGCAGUAGCCAAACAAGGGCGACGCACCACAAGAGCCAUGUGGGAGGAGAGUGAGGGGGUUUUCCUAUUCGCACUCAUCAAGCCCAAACACUUUCUCUGCUGACAUACGUGAACGUUCCUCAGCCUUCCUCCAGAGCUCUUCCUCAGGGGGAGCCCCUGCUAUGAACCCCAGCUCCCUUGGCUUCAGCAGGCAGUCCAACCUCAGUGCCAGGCGCUGUGUGGGCAUCCCACAAGUCUGGGUUCUGCCCACACAGGACUCACAGACUGCCCCUGAACAAAAAGAAUGAAAUACUCCUGAGUCACUCCUCUGCGAGGUGGCUCUCCUGUCUAGUGUUAAAUUGAGCUGUUGUGAAGUUUUGUCUGCCUUUUCCCCAACAAGCUCCUGUCUUUAGUGAUAACCCUCUCCACCAACUCUUCCACCAGCUCCUUUUGCUGUCACCACUUCAUUAUAAUUUGCUUUCCCAUCAAGCAGCAGCACGAGUUCCUUUGUGCUUACCACGUGGUGGAGGACCAUGGGAUGCCGUCAGAGCUCGGAGGAGAAGGAAGCAGCGCGGCGCUCGCGGCGAAUCGACCGCCACUUGCGCUCAGAAAGUCAGCGGCAGCGGCGUGAGAUCAAACUAUUGUUGCUGGGCACCAGCAACUCUGGCAAGAGCACCAUUGUCAAACAGAUGAAGAUCAUUCACAGCGGAGGCUUCAACCUGGAGGCCUGCAAGGAGUACAAGCCCCUCAUCCUGUACAAUGCCAUCGACUCGCUCACGCGCAUCAUCCGUGCCCUCACCACCCUUAAGAUCGACUUUCACAAUGCUGAUCGCGCCUAUGACGCUGUGCAGCUCUUUGCCCUCACAGGGCCGGCUGAGAGCAAGGGAGAGAUCACUCCAGAGUUGCUGGGGGUCAUGAAACGUCUGUGGGCUGACUCAGGGGUCCAGGAGUGCUUUCAACGAUCCAAUGAGUACCACUUAGAGGACAACACUGCCUACUACCUGAAUGACCUGGACCGCAUCUCCGCACCUGAGUAUAUCCCUACUGUAGAGGACAUCCUACGAUCCCGCGACAUGACCACCGGCAUUGUAGAGAACAAGUUCACCUUCAAGGAGCUCACCUUCAAGAUGGUAGACGUGGGUGGGCAGCGUUCAGAGAGAAAGAAGUGGAUCCACUGUUUCGAGGGCGUGACCGCAAUCAUUUUCUGUGUCGAGCUAAGUGGCUAUGACCUCAAACUCUACGAGGACAACCAGACGAGCCGCAUGGCCGAGAGCUUGCGCCUGUUCGACUCCAUCUGCAACAACAACUGGUUCACCAACACGUCGCUCAUCCUCUUCCUCAACAAGAAGGACCUGUUGGCUGAGAAGAUCAAACGCAUUCCUCUGACAGUGUGCUUCCCUGACUACAAAGGUCAGAACACCUAUGAGGAGGCAGCUGUCUAUGUACAACGGCAGUUUGAGGACCUCAACCGCAACAAGGAGACCAAGGAGAUCUAUUCGCACUUCACCUGUGCCACUGACACCAGCAACAUCCAGUUUGUGUUCGACGCUGUCACGGACGUGAUCAUCCAGAACAAUCUCAAGUACAUUGGGCUGUGCUAGGACCUGAUGUUGGGUUGGGGGGGUGGGGGUGGGGGAUGGUGAAGCAGGCUGCUUGGCAGCAGUUGGCCUGCCAUCAGGCUGGAUAAACAAAAGGCAUGUCAGUCUGCCUGAUGGUUUAUCUCUUUGAAGAGUUGCAACAGAGAACUGCAAAGGAAAUGAGGUAGUAAGAUGGUCAGGGAUGGAUGAUACUGUAGAUUCAGCUGUUUCAGUUGAAACAACAGAGCUGAUGGUCAAGAUGGGAUUUUUACCCAAUGUGUUUGCACUGAAUAUGAGUAUGCAGAGACACCCAAACACAUGCACACACACGCACACACACAUACACACACAUCAUUAUGUUUGCUCACACACAAAAUCUAUGGAUCAACAGUCAAGCACUUGUUUGACAAGACAACACUGGAAAUUUUAGACAGCUACCCCUACCUGCCUGCCAAACCUGAGACUGAGUAGUAGGUCUUUACUGGUGGUUUUCGGUUAAUUUUGUCUCCUUUAUUUUGUUUGCCUGAGAAAAUUAAUGCUGCUUUACAAGAAGAAUUUUGACAUAAAUCAAUGUACUCUUUUUGGAUUUUCACCCUAACAAUGGUAAACAAUGAGCGCACCGGAUGAGACAUAGGGAGAGCCUGUAUUUUUGGGGAAAAAAUAAAUUGUCAGUAGACAUGAUGUCACAGGGUUUCUGCCUAAAAAGAGGAAACUGCCACAGUCUAAAACUGAAGUGAAAUAUGUUUUCUACACACUAUUUCUGUUUUUCCCCACCCUACUCUCUAAUGUUGUUCUUUUCCUCUCUUUCCUUUAUCUUUUUUGUGCUUUAAAAAAAAAAAAGAUCAUGUCUCUCAAACCUGCUUUUUAUAGCGGGUCACUGACUUAUAAUACCAGGAGAGUGUUAUGUUUGGUAGAGUCAAAAGUAUUCUUUAUGAUCAUUCCAGUUUCCAGCAAGAGACAACAAAAACAGUGCCAAGAUCAGUUUGUAAAUAAAACCAGAUCCCAUCGAUUAUGUUAAUUUUUUGUUCUGUUUUGUUUUUAUGGACAAAUACAUUAAAACAUGCAUGAUUUUGUUACUUUGGGAUACUAAUAUAUUUUCUUUGGGAUUAUGUUCCUCUUUUCUUAGGUUUAAAUAAUAUAUUCCCAAAAAUAUAUAUAAAAGUCAAACACUGUGUACGAUUGUACAGUUGUCAGAGAGGAAUCUAUUGAAAAGAGUUAUAUCAAUAUAUAACAGUGAUGAUAAUGUUAUGAUAAUGAUAAACAAAAAAAAAAAGAUGAUGAUGAUAGUGGUGGUGAUGAUUGCAAAGAUGAGAAGGAAAACCUCACUACAAAGCUAGCAUGAGAAGAGAUAGUGAAUCAAAGGAGAACAAGACUGUAGAAAAAUCUAAAAACGAAGAAGCAAACCGGGAAAAUUCAAUCUUCCUUGCAUUAUCUAAGUGAAAAUUGUAAACAGUCAGUCAGUAUGAUGUGUAAAUAUACUGUAAGGUACACUCUUUGUUCAAGCAAAUGAAAAUAAAAGUUGAGUUGGGAUACUGUAAGUGAGAUAAAGAGAGAGCGAGAGAAAGAGAAGGAGGAAAACCCCACUCCGCUCCUCCUCUUACCCUUUCUUUUCAGUUAAGAGGGUGACGCGCAAACAACUCAGCUAAGGGCUUCAGGCUUGACUUUAUGGGAUGUCCACUUCAACAAAAGACAAAACAAUUUAAAAAGAAAUAUAAAAAGGACAAUAACUAUGAAUAAAACAACUUAUGCAAAUUUUCAUGGUGUAGUAAAUGUGUUUUUGGGUGGUCGUGUCAAAAGUGCUUACAAUGUGUUUGGGAUGGGAAUGUUCAUAGACAAUGGACUCCUGUUGCCAUAAACAUAAUCUGUCUUAUACUUUCGUAAUUACACUGCGUCAAAUGAUUUGCAACCUGGAGUGGAACAUAGCGUCCAAAAUCCUUGCUUCUAUCCACAGUGUCCAAAAUCAUGACAUAAAAAGUGUUUGUCCCCGGUAUACAACGUAGCUGCUGGGGCAAGAAUAAUUUGGACAUAAAGUAUGCAAUUAAGUUACUCCUGAGUGAAUCUUUACAAUGCUGCGAUGUACAGAUUCCACUCUAAUUAGUGUAUAAACCCCAACUGACCCUAAAAUUCUGCUGAAGGGUAUAGGGGGUUUCUUUUGUUUGCUUAUUUGCAUUUUUCAGUCUUUAAACAGUUAAAUCGCACAUUAAUCAUAAAAAUUAGUUUUAUUUUAUGCAAUAUUUAUGCAGUGAAGUUUUGGCAAAUCUUAACUACUGCAUAAACAGUGAGUAGGUGUUUAUGAACAUGUUCAGAGGAGAUAAGUAACAUGAUGAUGUUUCUAACCACCAGGCCAGCCUGUUACCUAUCUGUUAUACUCAUGGGUUAUGAAUAUUUUUCACGUGUAAAUACAGUAAUAAGGCUUUCAGUACAUCAGACAUAUAACAUUGCAGUACAGUGUGGCUGAUGAUUUUUUUUCUUGUUAUUUUUUUUAGCUUUAUUUACAUCACUGUGUGAAAAAACGUCUCCAAGUCACGGGGGUAUUCUUUUGUGGAUUGAUUUAAGCAACAGUGGGAAUUUGUUUGAGAGAUGAACAUAAAUAAAAUCCACUGCUGAGAA